UCUGCAGGAACUUUCACUCAAAGAGGGAGCUCUAAGAAAGACACCUGCUCUGUUUGUGGUGUUGAAGCGGUAGAGCCUCAAAGGAGCAGCUAAGUGCAGAGGCCAAGCUUCUAGGUUGCUGUCAGGGAGGGGCAGGCAAGGACCCUCCGGCUUCCCCUCAGUAUGGAGAACCUAUUGCCUCCGUCUGGAUUUUCUUUCUUGAAAAAGUAUCCUCUCCAUUCUAUUCGGAAAUAUUUAUCAACGCUGAGAAUCCAAAGGGCUGAAGAACAGGUUGCACGAUUUCAAAAGAUCCCUAAUGUUGAAAAUGAGACAAUGAUCCCUGUCCUGACGUCAAAGAGAGCGAGUGAGUUAGCAGUCAGUGAGGUCGCAGGCCUUCUCCAGGCUGAUCUUCAGAAUGGCUUAAACAAAUCUGAAGUUAGUCAUAGGCGAGCCUUCCAUGGUUGGAAUGAAUUUGAUAUCAGUGAAGAUGAACCAUUAUGGAAGAAGUACAUUUCUCAGUUUAAAAAUCCCCUUAUCAUGUUGCUCCUGGCGUCUGCAGUCAUCAGCAUUUUGAUGCGCCAGUUUGACGACGCCGUCAGUAUCACUGUGGCAAUACUAAUUGUUGUCACCGUGGCCUUUGUUCAGGAAUAUCGUUCAGAAAAAUCUCUAGAAGAAUUGAGUAAACUUGUGCCACCAGAAUGCCAUUGUGUGCGUGAAGGAAAAUUGGAGCAUACACUUGCCCGAGACUUGGUUCCAGGUGACACGGUUUGUCUCUCUGUGGGGGACAGAGUUCCUGCAGACUUACGCUUAUUCGAGGCUGUGGAUCUUUCUAUUGAUGAGUCUAGCUUGACAGGAGAGACAGCUCCAUGCUCUAAGGUGACCGCUCCUCAGCCAGCUGCCACUAAUGGAGAUCUUGCAUCAAGAAGUAACAUUGCCUUCAUGGGAACACUGGUCAGAUGUGGCAAAGCAAAGGGUAUUGUCAUUGGAACAGGAGAAAAUUCUGAGUUUGGAGAGGUCUUUAAGAUGAUGCAGGCAGAAGAAGCACCAAAAACCCCUCUGCAGAAGAGCAUGGACCUCUUAGGCAAACAGCUGUCUUUUUACUCCUUUGGUAUAAUAGGUAUCAUCAUGUUGGUUGGCUGGUUACUAGGAAAAGACAUUCUGGAAAUGUUCACUAUUAGUGUAAGUCUGGCUGUAGCUGCAAUCCCUGAAGGUCUGCCUAUUGUGGUCACAGUGACGCUGGCCCUUGGUGUCAUGAGGAUGGUGAAGAAAAGGGCUAUUGUAAAGAAACUGCCUAUUGUAGAAACACUGGGCUGCUGUAAUGUGAUUUGUUCAGAUAAAACUGGAACCCUGACGAAGAACGAGAUGACUGUUACUCACAUCCUCACUUCAGACGGCCUGCAUGCUGAGGUCACUGGAGUUGGCUAUAAUCAGUUUGGUGAAGUGAUUGUUGAUGGUGAUGUUGUUCAUGGAUUCUAUAACCCAGCUGUUAGCAGAAUUGUUGAGGCGGGCUGUGUGUGCAAUGAUGCUGUAAUUAGGAACAACACUCUGAUGGGAAAGCCAACUGAAGGAGCCUUAAUCGCUCUUGCAAUGAAGAUGGGGCUUGAUGGACUGCAACAAGACUACAUCAGGAAAGCUGAGUACCCUUUUAGUUCUGAACAAAAGUGGAUGGCUGUUAAGUGUGUGCACCGGACACAGCAGGACAGACCAGAGAUUUGUUUUAUGAAGGGUGCGUACGAGCAGGUGAUUAAGUAUUGUACUACAUACAACAGCAAAGGGCAGACUUUGGCGCUUACCCAGCAGCAGAGAGAUUUGUAUCAACAAGAGAAGGCACGGAUGGGCUCAGCGGGACUCAGAGUUCUUGCCUUGGCAUCUGGUCCGGAACUGGGGCAGCUGACCUUCCUUGGCCUGGUCGGAAUCAUUGACCCUCCUAGAACUGGUGUGAAAGAAGCUGUCACAACACUCAUUGCCUCAGGAGUCUCCAUCAAAAUGAUCACUGGAGAUUCUCAGGAGACUGCAAUUGCAAUCGCUAGUCGUCUGGGGUUGUAUUCUAAAACUUCCCAGUCUGUGUCUGGAGAAGAAGUGGAUACAAUGGAGGUCCAGCACCUUUCACAGAUAGUGCCAAAGGUUGCAGUAUUUUACAGAGCAAGCCCAAGACACAAGAUGAAAAUUAUUAAGUCUCUGCAGAAGAACGGGUCAGUUGUAGCCAUGACAGGAGAUGGGGUAAAUGACGCAGUCGCCCUGAAGGCUGCGGACAUUGGAGUUGCAAUGGGCCAGACUGGCACCGAUGUGUGCAAGGAGGCUGCAGACAUGAUCUUGGUGGAUGAUGACUUCCAAACCAUAAUGUCUGCAAUAGAAGAGGGUAAAGGCAUUUAUAAUAACAUUAAAAAUUUUGUUAGAUUUCAACUGAGCACGAGUAUAGCAGCAUUAACUUUAAUAUCAUUGGCUACGUUAAUGAACUUUCCUAACCCUCUCAAUGCAAUGCAGAUUUUGUGGAUCAAUAUUAUAAUGGAUGGACCCCCAGCUCAGAGCCUUGGAGUAGAGCCAGUGGAUAAAGAUGUCAUUCGAAAACCGCCUCGAAACUGGAAGGACAGCAUUUUGACAAAAAACUUGAUACUUAAAAUACUUGUUUCAUCGAUAAUCAUUGUUUGUGGGACUUUGUUUGUCUUCUGGCGAGAGCUUCGAGACAAUGUGAUAACACCCCGAGACACAACAAUGACUUUCACUUGCUUUGUGUUUUUUGACAUGUUCAAUGCGCUGAGUUCCAGAUCCCAGACCAAGUCUGUGUUUGAGAUUGGACUCUGCAGCAAUAAGAUGUUCUGCUAUGCAGUUCUUGGAUCCAUCAUGGGACAGUUGCUUGUUAUUUACUUCCCUCCUCUUCAGAAGGUUUUUCAAACCGAGAGCCUAAGCAUACUGGAUCUGUUGUUUCUUUUGGGCCUUACUUCGUCAGUGUGCAUUGUGUCUGAAAUUAUAAAGAAGGUUGAAAGGAGCAGGGAAAAGAUCCAGAAGAAUGCUAGUUCAACAUCAUCGUCUUUUCUUGAAGUAUGAUGCAUAUUGCAUUUUUUUUUAAUUUGCAAACUAGGAAUUGCAGUCUGAGAAUCAUUUAGAAGGGCAAGUUCAAGAGGAUAAUGAAGAUUUAAGGACUUUUUAACUUUCCAUUGACUAAAAAUGACCAUUAAUGUUAAAGACUUGAUUUGAACCUUGUUGGUAGUCCUAAAUGAAAUUAUGCAACUUUGAAUAACACGUUCCUUGAUUUGAAUUGGCUUUUGCAAUUUAGUGGAACUUCAACAUAUGGGCAAGUACUGAAUUAAAAAAUACAAAAGGCAAAACCUGAACCACCUUCUGCACUUAAAGAAUUCUAAUGUAUAAAUACACUAUCUGUCUUAGAUGGAUAUAAAUAUUUUUUUUAUUUUUAAAUAUUGUACUAUUUAUGGUUGUGGGGCUUUCUUACUAAUACACAAAUAAACUCAAUCAUUUAAAGGCAUUCUAUUUGGUUUAGAAAUUGCCAAGGAGUGCCAUAUUUCAGCUACCUUGUUUCCUUUUUCCUGCAAUGUAAGCAACCGAUACCUUGUGCUACCAUUUUUAUAUUUCAAGUUGGUUUUUUUUUUUUUUUUUGCACAGGAUGUGACCACUGUCUAAUCACUGUUCUUUUCUUUCUUUUUGUGACUGAAAAGCAUAUACUGCAAUUGAAGUAAAUGUUUGUUCUUAGUAAGUGUAAUUGAUUGUUUUUGUUUUUUUGUAGUUUUGUUUUCAUAGAGGUGUGAGUCUUUGAUAUAGCAGAAUUAGUUCAGGGCUGUUAUCGGCAUUAUAGUUAGAGUAAUUGUAGUUAACACACAGUCACAGAGUCAAAAACAACUAAUUAAGGCUGAGUUGGAAUUUAAAACAGAUUAUAUUAACAUGUCCAUGUUUAGUUUAAUACAGUUCUGCUUUGUCAAUAUCAUUUCGUCAUUUCUUCUUUAUAAAUCAAACACUUCAGCUGAAUAAUUGAUCUUUAUAACUGUUUCAUAUUUGUAUUUUUAAGUCUGUUUCUUAGAGCAUAUAGACUAGUAUACUUAUAAAAUAGAAAAGGCCCAAACUCAGAGAGAUGGCAUGUGAACCAGGGUUUACAUCGGAAGAUCCUGUGCUGGCCUUGCUCCUCCAAAUCUCUAGGCAGCUGCUUUGGCCUGGAUUGUAGCACAACCCUGAGUCUGUCCCUUCUACCAUUUGUUGUGCUGUCUUCUACUUCAUUCAGUAUGCUUGGGAAAUAGAUGGGUUUGCUUUGUGUAACAUCAGUUUUUAUAAAAGCUUGACAAAAUAAAGGUAAGUGUUGAGUUUUGUGUUUUAUAACCUGUCAGAAUUAACUGUUCCUAAGCUUGUUCAAUAUUCCUGGUGAAUGUUAACACUGGUGUGCUGUCAUUGAUAGAAUUCUGUUGUUGAGCCUGUACUACUGAAGCAUGAGCAUAAGAAGCCAGAUGUCUGCACUUUGUUCUUACUCUUUCAGGCUCAACUGUCAAGUGUACAUUGUUCUGUCUGAUAGGUGGAACGUGAAAUCAUUGUCUAACCAACUCUUAGAGGUUUGAUGUCUCAUAGCAAAAUUUUAUAAUGGUUUUUUACAUUCUGUUACAGACUUGAAAACUACAUAUUAAGUGCAUAUUCUGUCUUGUUUGUUUUACAUUAGAGGUUGAAAAUAUGACUCAUGAAAUGAAUGUGCCUAUCUUUUCACUUGGUAUUGAACUAUAAAAAUAAAAGGAGUUUUUCAUAAGUUCACUAAUGACUUCCCAGUUAGUAUUGUUAAUAUUAAAAUUAUAAUGUAGGUGCUGAAAGAUAUAGAAAAUUUUGUAGUGUUGAAAAAUUAUGUAAUACAGAUCCAGAUUUCAGUUUUCCAAAUUUUAUUACUCCAAAUUAGGAUGGAUCCGUUAACUGUGCUAGCAUCUCAGUGUCAGGUUUCACUCAGUCUUCUUGUCCUAGGACUUCUCUGCUGGCUGCUCCCUUUGAUUUCUUCUUCCCGUUAGGACUACUUCUUUAAGUUAUUUGAUUAUAUAGGAGCUAAACAUUAAAGAAAAGAGAUGACCUUGAAAUAAAUUCACCAGUCAGGUAGAUAACUCUCAGAUGCUAAAAGCUUAGCACAGCUGUGCUGGGCACCAAGAGAGACAUCCUGAGGGAAGUAGCUCACGGAGCCUCCCUUAGGAUAUAGAUUUUUCCAGUCAUACUAACUGUCUGCAUGAGGACAGGACAUCCUGUUUUCCACAUUUACACCCACUCACCAUACAUCUGAUACAAUGGCAAUCCUUCUGAAAUUGCUUUAAAUUUGGAUCUCUCUGGUAUAGUAUGCAAGUUUUGUUUAGACGUAAAAUAGUUUCUCACAUAAAUGAAUUGGUAACAACAGCAUCUAUCCCAUUUGUGAGUUAAUUAACAUUACACUGCUUUUCCAUUUCUGUUGCCUGGCAAUUUUUGUAUAGCUUGUUUGGCUCCAGUGACUCAUCCAAAAAAUGAGAUGAAUUGAUUAUAUUUUCAUUUAAAUUUUAUUUAGUUCCUGAGUGUACUGGGAAUACAAUGGCAUUCUUACCCUUCUGUACUUCUUUGAUAGGAAAAGCACAUGAUAAAACUGUUAAAAAGCUCUUUUAUCAAUGUUAAUAGUGAUCUUUGUAUAUAUAUAUUAAAGUGAAUACAGCACA